GAUCUCGCGAGAGGCCCUUGCUUGAGGGACCUCGGAGACAGUGCUGCUGUGGUUUGUGUAGUAUUGGUGGUUCCGGCUGUUGAUCGCUUCCGUCCAGUGGUGUGGUCAGCCGGGGACUGAGAAACCACCUGGAAACCCUGGCCGUAGCAAAUUUGGCACCUCCUGCGAUCACUGCUCCCGCGGUUCCAUCUGGUCAGCCGCGGAGCAUGUGUUUGCGGCGGCCAGUCUACAUUCACCGUAGGGGCCCCUCAUCUUUUUUGGGUCAUGGACCCCUCUGACAGUUUGGUGAAGCCUGUGAAAACCUCCUCAAAAUAAUGAUGUUUUAAAAUGCAUGAUGGAAGGAAAUGCUAGAUUUCAGUUAGAGAUGUUAAUAACUGACUCCAUCACUACAUGCUUGUCUCCCCCUGUAUAUGACAUGGUUUGCAGGCUUGGGUUUGAAGUAAAAGAAAGCCACGAUAUCAACAACAUUGUAUCUCAGCAUGGUGAAGUAUGCUGGAAAACAAUUGCUGAACGUAUGUGCUAUACAGAUUCAGAAGGACAAAAUGUGGAUUACUUAAAGAGUGUGAGACUCUUGGGUCCUGUAUGUGAAGCUGUUCACACUCAUAUAUAUUCCCUGACUAAGGCACAGUUUGAAGUUCGAUAUGCCCUUUGGUUCCAGUGGACAAAUUUUCCAGAGCUAUUUCCUGAAAUAUUUGUUGCUCUGAAGAGUCUGCAACCUGAAGCUAUUCCUCUUAGCUUAAUGAAACUAACAUCAUGUCUGGAACGAGCUUUGGGUGAUGUGUUUUUAUUGAUUGGAAAGGAAUGUCCAUUUCUUUUAAGAGACUUGCUUGUAUCUAAGGAGCUUGCUGAAGUGUUUGGACAAUCUGUGAUGGAUAUACUCAGAGUAUUCAUUGGUUCUCCAUGUGGACUCAAUCUUCGUAAUAUUUUGUGGCAUGGAUUUGCAUCUCCUCAGGAAAUUCCUCCAAAAUACUGUUCUAUGCUGGUAUUGUUGACAGCAGGAUUGGGACAACUGUUAAAAAGUUAUCUUCAGCAAACUAAUUUUACAUUUGUACAUCGACCUUUUCUAACUUUUACGCACUUAAAGGAAUGGAUCAUUUUUCCUGAUAUUAGUGAUGAAGUAUUAUCAAUAGUUGAAGGACUGAUAAAGAAAUCUACUUUUGUGCUGAAAAUCAUGAUCCCGUUUUGGGAAGCUGCAUUAAUGAAAUUCAGAUCACAGAGAUAUGCUGACUGCAUAAUGCUGUUGCUGACACAGCUGGAAACUGGACUCCGAAAAGUCUUUACCACAGUUAAUAAAUGUCCAAAAAGACUUUUGACAGCAGAGUCUACAGCUUUUUACACCACCUUUGAUGAAAUAUUAGCAAAACAAUUGAGUGAUGAUGAAAUUAAUCAUCUUCCUCUUUUUCUUGGAGAACCUGCUAUGGAGUUUCUUUGGGAUUUCUUGAACCAUCAAGAAGGCCCCCGUGUAAGAGAUCGCUUAAGCCACGGGGAGAUCAACUUAAAUGACUUUCCAAAGGAGGUUACAAAUCAGCUACUUGCCUUUUCCAUUGUACUCUUACUUAGAUUUGUUGGAGAAGAUGCGUUAUCAGUUUCUAAGGAGAAUGCAUCAAUCAAAACUCUAAUCAGCUGUGCAAACUGCUAUUGUUCUCAAUUCCAUCCAGUUUCUCGGCUUAAAAAAAAGAUUCUGUACUGUGAGAAAAGUAUCAGAAUAUGGCCUCAACUUCCAUUAGUGCCAGUGGAACAAAUUCAGGAAGCAAGCAGAUUAGAAGGCAAUUCUGAAACCAAUGAUUGUUAUCAUUUGAUUAUAAAAAUUUCAUCUGAACUCCAACAUUACAUGCCACAGGGUGAUUGUAAUUUGAGCAACUUACUGGAUAAUCCUCCCACAGCAAAGUGGUCCCUUUUGCUUCAUGAGCUUUGCAGCAAACGCAUCCGAACUUUGUAUUGUCCACGGUCUGUCCUUGAAGUCCUUGUUAUUCUUCAGAAAAUAAGUGCGCAUUGCCACCUAGUGUCUGAUCAAAUUAUUGCCACUACAGAAAUAAGAUUUAAGCAGUGGAUGCAAAAGACACUCCGGUCUCGCCAGAGGCAGAACUAUCUACGCAUGUUAAACAGUAUUAAGCUUUUGUCUCCCGUACUCCAGCUAAUAUUAUUGCUGAUCACACUAGAAUUGGUCAACAUUCAUAUUGUUAAUGAAAAAAAUACUUGUGAAUACCAGCAGUACUUAAAGUUCUUGAAGUCAAUCUUGCAGUACACUGAGAACUUGGUGACUUAUUCCAACCAAGAAAAAAACAAAUGGGAUGAAUCCAUCAAUAUUACAUAUCUAGUUUUAGUAAAAAUAUUGACUUUUAGUGAGAAAAAGCAAAUGUUAGUUCACUUAGCCAAGGAAUCCCCAAAUAAAGUUAUUUUAUGACAAUUCUUCAUAAGUCAAAGGCUAAUAAUAUGAUAGUUUUCCCUUCGGUAGUUUCCUCUUAUGUUGAAAAAUUUUGGAAGCCUAAAGUGUAGUUUCCUAAACUUCUUGAAAUUCAAUAUUACGAAUAUAGCCUAAGUCCAGGAAACCCUUCCGUCAUUCCUCUAUUGCAAGAAUGGCAAGAAAAUAUAAGACGUCACAUUUUGUUCUGACGAUACCCUUCCUCAAGUGAUUCGCACAGCUGUCACAGCAUAUUGAUAAUGUCUAGACAGAGAGUCUCAUCUGAGAGUCUCAAAGUACCAUAUAAAUGUUAAUUCAUUAAUCCUGUCCUUUCCUUUAAUUAAUCUCUCCAAUCCUUUGAGUUUUGUGGGGAAAUGAGUCUCAUUCACUUCACGUUGGAAAGUGGGAAACCAAGACAGAGCUAGGACAGGAAUCUAAGUCACUCAACCUACUCUAAGACAGGAGAUUACUAGUAAACUUUACUAGUUACUUUUCUUCCUACAGGAAUGCGAAAUUCAGCCUCACAGGACUUUUUGUGGAAAACGUAAAAAUACAAUAUAGAAUCCCUUAUGGGCAUUCAAAUGACAGGUUGAGCCAGGUCUAAUUGAAUAUGGCUCAGAAAAAAUUGUCUCAAGCCAUGAGAUGUCCAUCAUUUUUCUCAAAAGAACAUUCUAGAGCCAAACCAAACUUAGGGUCUUUUCAGAUCAUGACCACAAUGAAAACACAAAGUCCCCUAAUUCCUCAGUUAUCUCCCAGAAAAAGCAUAUAGAAAAAUUAAGGCUGGUUAGCAUUUAAAUUGGGGGAAGGUAACUCUAAGAAUAGGUUAUAGGGAUCUAUAAAUUUCACUUUACUAAAUUUUUUUGUCAUUUGUACCCAUCUGCUGGAUUUUGAGUCAAAGUGUGAAGUCUUUUAGUAACAUUCUAGUGUAUAAAUAACUUCUAAUAAGAUGCACAAAAAUCCAUUUUACAAAAGCAAAUGUCCCAAUGGGACAGGUGGGAAGAACACUACCUUUAAAGUCAGAGGAACUGGUUUCAAGUCUUGCUUCUAAUACUAAUACUAGUAUGACUUUGGAAAUUUAACCUCCUCACCCCUCAGUAUCCUUAUCUAUAAAAUGAAGGGGGUUGGACUAGAUCAGUGGUUCUAUCCUUACAUAGAAAUGGGUGAGAGGGAGUGCCCAUACAUAAGGAUCCCCGGGGACCACAUAUUAACUUAGAAUCUCCCAUGUUAACAUUAUCUGUAUUUUAUUGUAUUUUUACUGAUUUUAUUAAAUAGUUCUCAAUUACAUUUCAAAA